AAAUGAGGCUAGACUCUCUCUCUCUCUCUCUCUCUUCACAGCAUAACAUACAUGAUUUGUAUACCUCAUGGCUUUAACAGGUUCUAUUUACCAUAAGCCAUACUGUAUGUGGCAUUGGCUCCAACCCGGAGGAGAGGAUUGCUUGUGGUUGCUGCAUCAAUGGCACACACAACUAUGACAAGAGUUGUUUCAUUGACUGAAAAACAAUUUGAGGACUGCAUUUUUCUCACGUAGAGUGGACACAUCACAGCCAUUGUGUGCAUGCAAGAGAAGCUGCAGUGAUCAACAACAAAUCAAAUGUAUGAAUUGGAGGGACUAGCUGUUGAUUCACAGCUGAAGGUUUUUCUGCUUGGACUAUCCAGAAUCUUCUUUUCCAGCUUUGACAAUUCAAAUGUGUAGGCUAAUAUAAUGCUUUUAUUACACACCUGAAGGCUACCAUGGAUUAUUUGGUCGACUUAAAAACAAUACUACAAAGACUGCAUUGGAUAAUAUUCAUUGUUUGGUGAGCGGAGGAUCUCAAAUUUUCUCCUGGGACGUUUUGUCAUCACCAAGCCGCCAAGCUGGCUAUGGCCGCGGCGAUCGCCAGCUCCCUCAUUCGGCAGAAGAGGCAGGCGAGGGAGCGGGAGAAGGCGAAUGCCUGCCGCUGCGCAAGCAGUCCGGAUAAUUGCAAAGCAGGGGACAGGGGACCCUGUGAGAAACCCAGCAAGCUGAAUGUGUUCUCACGCGUCAAACUCUUUGGCUCUAAGAAACGGAAGAGAAUAAGGCGACCAGGUGUGAUCUUUCGACUUAACACAAAACAAAACGGUUAUCAUAACCAUCAUCAUCAUCAGCGGUGUAGUGAUGCCUGGAGAAAGCCCCAGCUCAAGGGGAUAGUGACAAGACUGUACAGCCGCACAGGCUUCUACCUUCAGAUGCAAGCUGAUGGAACCAUCGAUGGAACCAAGGACGAGGACAACAGCCAUGCUGUGUUCAACCUCAUUCCUGUUGGGCUGCGAGUUGUGGCCAUCCAGGGGGUUCAGACCAAACUCUACCUGGCCAUGAACAACGAUGGCUUCCUGUAUACGUCUGAGCACUUCACCCCGGAGUGUAAGUUCAAGGAGUCGGUGUUUGAGAACUACUACGUGACCUACUCCUCCAUGCUCUACAGACAGCAGCAGUCAGGCAGAGCCUGGUACCUUGGCCUCAAUAAAGAGGGGGUCAUCAUGAAGGGCAACCAUGUGAAGAAGAAUAAACCAGCGGCCCACUUUAUCCCUAAACCACUGAAAGUUGCCAUGUACAGAGAACCCUCACUCCAUGACCUGACCGAGUUCUCCCGCUCCGGCGGCGGUACUCCCACCAAGAGCCGCAGUGCAACGGCCUUGCUGAACGGAGGAGGGAAGACACUGAGCCAGAACGAGCAGUCCACAUAGCUGUGGGGAGUCCGUCUCGGGCAGAGGGCGGCUCUCCCAAUCGUACAGUAAGCAGACUCAACUGAUCCUCGUCCAACUGAUCAGGUGGAGAGCAAGGGAAUUAGCUUAGCUUAGCGUGUACUGAAACCACUGUGACAGACUAUGACAUCAUCAAUGAAAAAAUCCAUGGGUUUCUGCGGGUCAAAUUUGCUAUGAACUUUGAUACAAAAGGCCUAAACCAUUUUGCUGGUCUGGAGUAUAUAUUCUUCCUUGGAUUAUUCUUGCGCAUAUGUAGCGUAUUAGCCAUGUAUCUCUUUCUCCAAGGGUCUUGAGAGGUAGAGUUACUGGCCAGUAUUUAUGUGGUCCGUGAUCGGUCGCUUCCAUGCCUCCUAAAUAAAAGCUAUUUUUGGGGUGUUUGAGUCCAAUAAAGGUGUACAUAUCUGCAAGCCUUCUGCAUCGGUCCUACUAUUUGCCAUAUACAUUGCUUGCCAGCCAUACCAAUUGCGUUCAUUUGUUCCUGUGUACCAAAGACUCAAACCUGUCUCUCUGGUUUUGCUGAAGACAAAAAAAGGUCGGAAAAACUGUGGACUAAUCGUACUACAUACUAUUUACAACAUACUGUUUGGCAAAAAAUGUAUACAAUAAGUAACACAUUUCAACAUACUAGGCUCACUCAUACUGAAAAUGCCUCAUAUAAUGCAGAAUGCAAAACUCUUCCCCUUAUCUGAUUAUCAGCUGUUGCCAAGCACACGUUGGUUUGAAAAUAUGUUUCUCUUCCCCCCCCCCCAAUAGCGUGAAACGUGAAAUGACUAUGACAUCGUGGCAUUUAAAGCGAAUAACAUUUUCGAAACUUGACACCCUAUAACACUUUCUGUCGAACGCAAGUAGACAAGGGGUAAUUGGACACGGCCAAUGUGUGGUUUAUAGGGACUUUUAUAGGGACCAUCUUCGGUUAUUACAUCCGGAAGCCUAACUAGAGACUUCUUGAGUUUUGGGAGAUCUUGUUGUUUGAAUAGGCCACUUAUAUCAACCCUUUUACAGCCUUGUGUCAUUAGUAGGCUCCUUUUCCAUUCUAGGGGACAUAACAAACCAUGAACGUAGUUUCAUAGUGUAUUUAGAUGUGUUUCGUCAUUUGUUUACGUGUAUGUGUAUUACGUGCUUGCUCUCGUGUAUGUGCAAGGAUAAUAACAUAAUCCUCGAUUUAUUUUAAAUGUACAAUCAAGUGGGGGUUAUUAGUGAAAUGGAGGGCUCAUCCAGAUAAAAUGAUUGUAUGUAUUCUCCUGCAUUGUUUUUGUCUUCCCUGGGGCCAAAUGCACUGAACAAAAAUAUAAAUGCAACCUGCAACAAUUUCAAAGAUGUUACUGAGUUACAGUUCAUGUAUGGAAAUCAGUCAAUUGAAAUGAAUUCAUUAGGCCCUAAUCUAUGGAUUUCACAUG